AUGCCAAAAUCAAAAAGAAAUAAAGUCAUUUCAUUAACUAAAACAAAAAAAAAUCCUAUUGGUCAUAAAUAAAAGAUAAGUAGUAAACUAAAUGAAUGUAUCGAAAAAUACGAUAAUAUAUUUCUUUUUUCUCAUUAAAACAUGACAACUAUACCUUUUAGACAAAUAUAAUAAGAAUGGAAUGAUUCAAAAUUUUUCUUAGGAAAAAAUAAAGUAAUGUAAGUUAUUUUAGGUAGAGAUUAAUAAAAUGAAUAAAAAGAAAAUUUGCAUAAAUUAUCUUAAUAAAUAAAAGGAGAUUGUGGUCUUUUAUUCACUAGUAAAUCUCUUAAUGAAGUUUAAUAGUAAAAAUUAUAUAAUACAUAAAUACUUAUAUAAAUAUCAAGAUAUUUUAAUGAAUAUGAAUGCCUAGAAUAUGCCAAAGCCGGAACAAUAGCAGAUGAGACAAUCAUAUUAUAAAAAGAUAGUGAUGUAUUUAAAACUUUUUCACAUUCGAUGGAUAAUUAUUUAAGAUAAUUGGGUAUUGAUGUAAUGUUAAAUAAAGGAGAACUAUAAAUUCAAACUGAUUUUAUUUUAUGUUAAAAAGGAAAAGCAAUAAAUACUGAAUAAGCAAAAAUAUUAGUAAAAAAUUAAAAUAUAUAUAAAACAAUAAUAUAUUUACUAAAAUAAAAUUAGAAAUUAUUAAAACAAAAGAAAGCAUAAUUUAAAAUAAUUUUAAAAUGUUAUUAUCAUAAGCCUAAAUUAGCUUUUAUUUAAUUAGAAUGA